GCAGUUGGUUGUAAUUAUUUCUAUAAACCCAUUCAUCGUUUGCAAUACUACAUAUUGUUUUAUAAUGUUUGGGUUUGCGAUUAAAUAAUAUAUCAUUUGUAAAUUUUAAUCUGCAGAUACGUAUGUUUAAAAUCAUUUCUUGUUUCUGGGUAACAAAAUAAUAUAAGAUACUGCAUCAUGUGUACAGUACGCAUAUAAAAAAUGUGUUCCACGUGGUGAAAUAUAAAACCAUAAUGAUAUGGAAUCUUGAAAAAUGUUUUUCUUUUACUUUGUGUGAAAUGUAAGUUACACAAUUUACAUUUAAAAUAAAAUGUAAUCAGCAAAUUUCAAAAAUGAGAAUACUUCUAAGAAAUUCAUAAUUAUCUCUUGUAACCCCUCCUGUUAAUGUUUUUAAAAUCGUCAACAAAUUUUCAUCCAAUCACAGAGUAAUUAAAAAUGAUAAAUCAUCAUUUUGAAAUUCUACUGUAAGAUUGUAUGACAAUCUGUGGCCACAGUCGUUCAGUUAAAUCAAUACAAGCAUCAUGUCAUCGCAAAGUAUUGAUACCGAAGAAUUUUUUUAUAAAUUACACAAUAUGAAGACUGAACCUCUAUCACCUGUACUUGAUGAGGAAGAAUUUUACGAUAUUUUAAACAAUAUUAAAAUAGAUCAGUUUUCUCAAGAAAUGUCUUCGCAAGAAUUAUUUUCUGAAAUUUGGUCCAUGGAUGAGUAUCAAAUUAAUGUUAUAAAUGAAGAUCCAAUAACAUGCUCUAUGAUUGAUGCAGGGCAACAGCAAUCUUGGUUAUAUGAUACGAAUCAAACGAAUAAGAAAGAAGGAGAAUGUAUUCAUUCAGGUUUAAAUCCAUGGACCGACGUCGAUAUGGAAGAAAACUUAAUCGAUCUGUGA